GGCGGUCCAAAGCAUCUUAUCAUAUUUCAUAACCGUAAUUUAUUUAUACUUUCCUGAAGAUUCUUACGAUAUCUUUACCUAGGUAAAAAUCCGAGCCUUUGACAAAGUUCAAACGUAUAAAAAAAAAUUAAAUUUACAAUUAAAUUUAUUAUUUCCGUUAAAUCCUGGAUUAUAAAAAAAAAAGAAGAAGUUGAAAACUGUACAUUCACUGAUUUUUAUCAUAGGCAUAUACUAUAUUUGUAUGACUUGAAUUGUGAAUUUUAUAUAUUCGGUCAUUCUUGAGCCUUAGCUAUGAUAAAAAUCUGAAUUCUGUAUAUGGACAUAUGAAUAAUUAAACUGGCUGAAAAAAGAGGUUAAUAAGAUAAAAAAAAUUAGUUGUAUAUAUCCAAUGAGGUUCAUAUUAAUGAACUACACAUUAAUUGACAUUAGGGGUCUCGCUCAUGCCAUUCGUAUACAAGAAAACGAUUAUAUCUCGGCGUAACGAUGAAAACUCCAGUUCCGUAUACUGUUACAGCAGAGAGUAGAAAGUAUGUCAGACGAAGAAAAAGGCGUUCGAGGUUUAGGUUGCCAGCUGGAUGUCUUCUGCUCCACUCAUUUCUCUCAUCUCCAUUCAUUUUCUUUUUAUUCUAAUUUUCAUCUCUUUCUUUCUUUUUAUCUUCACUUUUUUCUUCUUCUUUUUUUUUAUUCUCAUUAUUAUUUUUUAUUCACUUUCUUACUCUCUCAAAUAUUUUCAUUGAUUUCUCCUGUUUUCAUAAUACAUAAAAUUUUAGAUGUUUUUUAUAAAAAAAAUCAGCAAAAUUCAAAGAUGAUCAAACACCAAAUCUACAUAAAACCAGUGAAUUUCAUGACAAUGAUUUCAUUGAUAGUAAAGGUCAGUAAUUUUCUUAUGUUUGAGUUUGUUGUGAAUUAUGAUUAUAACGCAUGUAAUAACGAUAAAACUAUAUGCUGUUAAAAUACUUAUUUGACUACCAAAUUAAGUGUUAUUUGCAGCGUGUUAAACAAAUCAAUAACAUAAUAACAAUCUUUAUAGUUUAGUAUUAAUUAUUAAUAUAAUAUAUUAUUUAUUCUUAAUAGAUAAGUUAAUUACUAAAAUUUAAAUUAACGAAUAAAACAUCAAAGUUAUCAGACAAUGAUCGUGCAAUCAGUAUAUAAAUAUACAGAAUAGUGUAUAAAUUAUUCAAAUAACAAAUAAAGUAAAUUGUAUUCUAAAUCUAUAUUAAAAACAAGAUAAUUUUGUGAAAACAAACAUGUCUUUUUUGUUUCUUUUCUAAACUAAUGAAAAACAGCGAUACGCAGAUACAUAAUAUAUUUUCAUUAUGAAAUAUAGAUCAUAUAUAUGAUGUUUUGCCACAUUGCACACAUACCAAAAAUUAACGUUUUCUAAAAAAUUAUUGAAAAUAUAAUUUUAAAUAAACUUAUUUAAUUAUUAAUUUAAAAAUGAUAAAACUAUAAUUGGCUGCGCAAUUUUUAAUGAAGUUAAAAUUAUUUAAAUAUUAUAACACAACAAAACAUCACUUAAAAUAUUAUUUCUAUCGAAAUGGAGGAAAUACUAAAGUCUAUUCUUCAAUUCUAUCGUCACUGGAAAAACAGUAAUGCUCGAUUUUUUAUUUUAUUUUCUUUUGUCGGCACGGACGCUUGAGUUGUUAGUCGGCUUUUGCUGUCUGCGAGGGCAAAUGGGCGGCCUUGAUUAAUUGUACUGGAAAAUCGCACGUCCUGCUGUUCAGACAGAGAUUUUAUUUCACAAGCUUAAGGAGUUUCAAGUACUUGUUUUUUUGUAAGUCCUGAAUCUUACGUCAGUAGUAGUAUCUUGUUUUUUGGUAACACACUAGUCUCUUGUUUUAUACGGUUAUACCUAUUUUUGCUCAACUAAUAAUAAAACGGUUUUGGAGUGUUUUUUUUUUCUCUUUUUGAAAAUUCACUUUUGGAGUGUUGCAUAUUUUUAAUGAUUACAAAAUUAUAAAAAUUAAUAAAUGUAUUAUUCUAAUUUUAUGUUACUGAAAACUCGAAUAUUUGGUUUAUAAUUUAUAUAUAUAUAUAUAUAUAUAAUCAAAUUUUACAUAUUCAGAUUUAGAAAGUAAUCUUCCAAAGAAGUUUUAACCCAAACCAGAAAAAUCAACCUUUUACACUACCAUUAGACCAUUACAUUUAAUUCAAUAUUUUACAGAUUAAAUAAAAAUUAAACGAAUUGAUUGUGGACAUUUUUAGUUUGUAAUUUCAUUUUUUUUUAAUUUCAUUUUUCUUUUGUUUCAUUUCUUUUGAAAUCUUUGUAUUAUCAGGUCGUUUUAUCGAACCUUCAUGCUACAUUUAAAGGAAAGCAUCAUAUAAUAAUUUUAAAUUUGUGGUAGUGAAUUUGCCAAAUAUAUGGUUUUAAAAGCAUCUAAAAGCAAAAGUCUUAACAAACCAUUUAUCCUCUCUUGACUUUUUUUUUGAGCACCAUCCUCUCUUGACCUAAUACAUUGAACAGAAGGCAUACUAUAAAUAUAUAUAAUCCCAAUUAGUGAAAAGCAGUAUAUGUUGCAAAAUCUGCUAAGAACGUUCAUAAGAUAAUUAAUAGUAGGUUAGACCGACCCAAUGAAAUUUAUAUGGAAGGCGAACUAAUCAGUGCUCUCCACGAGGGCAUUGUGAAUUAGUUUUAGAAAGACGAUUUGUUAGCCACUGAAAAAAUAUUCUGAAUACACUUUUUUGUGAGUAUUUUGCCUAUUUUGUAAAGGACUUUUCUAAUUUUUGUCCACUCAUUCAUUAACAAAAGCGUACAUUGUGCCGAGUCCUCGUUUUUAUAGAUCCCCUAAAACAAAAAAAUCUAAAUACAUUAUAUAUACUAUUUUUAAUAAUCAUAUAAAAUUCACAUUGGAUUUGUUAUUUAUUAACUUAAACUAAUUUAGAGGGUUAAAUAACAUAACAAUUUAGUAUCCUGAUAAAUAAAUUGAAAACCCAAUUCAAAAGAUGUAGACUAUUAGUUUUCUUUUGUGAAAAAGCUUGUGUUUUAUCAAUUGGUUAUCACUUCGUAUUUGAAAGUAUUUCUGUGAAUUUGUUUUCUGUUUUCAUUUUGUGAUAAAAUAUAUUGAUCUCUAUUUUUUAUUUUGUUUCAAGUCACACCAAAAUUCCAGGGACAGCUUUUAUGAAGAUUUUGAAGACAUUGUAAUUGUACCUACCAGAAUUCAGCUUCUUGAGACCAUUUAAAUAAGCUGGCAACGCUGAGUGUCACCUAUUUGAUUAUACUUAGGAUCCAUAAGAUGAAAUGCCACUCGAAGCUAUAUGGGUUCUCUCUGAAAUGCGUUGAGGUGCAGCAGUUGACUAGCUAGACAUCUAGGACCAACAUGCUACGAGGUGGUAAUCCCACUUAUGGAAUUAGAUUCAUGUUAAAUUAUUCACAUCGAAAUAAAAUAAUGUCUUUUGAUUUCACAUGUCUCAGAUUUCUGUCACUCGAUCUCUGUAAAGAUGGAAAAUUCGUUGUUGUCUCAGCUAUGCUACUGGAAGCUCUCGGUUCAGUCCAUAAGGGCCAUGCAAAUUUGAUGUCAUCCCCACAACUUUCUCAGAGCCUCCGAUAGCACAACAAAGAUAACAACGGGUUCUCCGCCCCUGCAGAAAUGGACGCAUGCCAGUGUUUGACAGUCAAAGAAGUUGGUGACCUAAUGACAAGCGAGCUGGUGAUCGAAGCCUAGGUGAACGGCGUUGGCCUCUAUGGCAGAAUUAGUCGGGGAUCCUGAUCUCUUUAGUUACCGAUGAUGUGUUGACGUGUUAUUGUCCGCGUAUGGACUUCAAAACUUUAUUCUACUUUCUUUGUUUUUUUGGGUUUUAUCAACCUAGUGAAUUCUUUUAAGGCCCAUUAAUAUUUUAGAGUGCGUCCACAAACCAGCAUCUUAUUUAUAGUACGACACUUUUCAGUUUACUCUGCUUUCUACCGAAACAAGCAGAUGCAAUCAAACAAAUGAUUUCACAUUUUUUGCUUUCAAAACAUGAUUAUAUAGAGAGUUCAAAACAUAACUAGAAGAAACACAUUAUCAUUAAUUUACUAGAAUUAAUUUUAGAAUUUUAGUAACUAUGUUUUUCAUAUUUUUGUUUUAACUAUCAGUAUUUUUUUUCUUUUAAUUUUUUUUUAUAGUUUUCUAUGAAUUUGAAAUGUUUUUAUAUAUUAUUUUGUGGAUACUUACUUUUAUAACAUAAUAAAUUUACUAAAACUAUAUAUUAUAUUUUAAUUUGUAUAAUAAAAAUAUAAAGCCAAAAUAUUUUCUAUAAUUUUUUAAUAAAUUAAUAAUAUAAUUUUAUAAAUAUCAAUUUUAUAUUUAUUAUCAUAAUAUGAUUUUAAUAUUUUUAUAGUUAUAUAAAAUGUAAAUAUAAUUAAUUUAUGAUUUAACCAUUGAUUCAUUUGGUAGUUAACCAGUCAUAAUUAUCUCACAAACACAUCAAUUUUUAACCGAUGUACCAAAUCUCUUAAUAAUGCUUAAAACCGUAACUACCCGCAUCUGCAAAUGACCGCAACCGCAACAGUUAAACCAGUCAGGCCCUUAGUCGUCGUUUAUGGUUGGUAUUUGUUCUCGCAAGGAUUAUGAAACGAAAGAGGAUCUCUUGGUAGCCUUACACCUACUAUUGUGAUAUAUAUUUUGGAUUCAAAGGCUUGUAUAUAAUGGUAUUUUUUUAUGUUACUAAAAACAUGUUUUCAACCAUAACCAUUACAUAACUUCAGCUUUAAACAAGCUCUUUCUCAAAAAAAAGAAGAAGAUAUAUUCAACUUUAAACACAUAAUUCAAGCAAAUGCAACUUCAAACGACUCAAAAUGAUAAACGAAAUCAUAUUUUCUUAAAAUACCUUACUAUUCGUUACUAUUAUUUACAUAAUACUUACAUAUAUGAUUAAUUAGUGAAUUUAGAAGUGAUAAAAUGACCAUCUUUUCUUUUUAUUUGUAAAUUACGAGAUAAAAAUUAAUGAAACCGAGUAUUUUUAUAGAUAUAAAUUUACUAUUUAAGAAGAUAGAAUUUUUGGAAUAUUUAAUCUAUACCAUUCACUAGAUUUCAUUUUCCAUCAACCGUUGGAUUAAAAUCUUUUCUAAUAUCAUCUAAGAAUCUUGAAUAUUUAAUCUAUACCAUUCUCUAGAUAUUAUAUGUUACCAAUUGUUGGAUUAUUAUCCUAUCCAAAUAUCAUAUAAAAUAUUUAAUAUUUAGUCUACACCAUUCACUAGAUUUCUCAUGGCAUCAACUAUUGGGUUAGAAUCUUGUAUAAUCUACCCAACAUAUUAGAUAAGAAAAUUGUAAAACUGAAUUGUGACCACUCAUUUAAAGUUUUAUCCAUUCGUUUUCACCUAUAAAUAAUAGGUUCCAAGUAAUUUAAAAUAUCACAUUCAAUAAUCUUUUUAUUUGCUAAAAAUAUGAAAAAGAGUAAAGGCUCAUCGUUCAAUCAACAUGAAGAUGAAUUAUUAUGUCGUGUGUAUUUAGAAAUAUCUGAAGAACCAAUUUGUAGUAAUAAUCAAUCUAUAGGAAAGCUAUGGGAAAAAAUCAAAGAUAGUUACAAUGAAAAAAAAGAUGAGAGUUGGAAAAGGUAACAAUUGAAAUUAGUAAUGGGGACAUAAAUAACAAAAUCAAACAUUAAUUUUUUCUUUUCUUUUUUUGAAAACAUGAAUUUGAACAACAUGAACAACAAAAAACAACAAAAACAACAAAAAACAACAAAAACA